UUUCUUUUUCUUUUUUCUUUUUUUUAAUAUUUAUUUCUAACUAUGUCUUCUACUGCUGGUCAAGUUAUCAAGUGUCGUGCUGCUGUUGCCUGGGAAGCCGGAAAGCCUCUUUCUAUUGAAGAAGUUGAAGUAGCUCCUCCUAAGGCUCAUGAAGUUCGUAUCAAGAUCCUUUAUACUGGUGUAUGUCACACAGAUGCCUACACUCUUUCAGGUGUUGAUCCUGAGGGUGUUUUCCCUGCUAUUUUGGGUCACGAAGGUGGUGGUAUUGUUGAAUCUGUUGGUGAAGGUGUCACUGAGGUCGCUGUUGGAGACCACGUGAUCCCUCUCUACACGGCUGAAUGUAAGAAGUGUAAGUUCUGUACCAGUGGUAAGACCAACCUCUGUGGCUCUGUCAGAGCUACUCAAGGUCGUGGUUUGAUGCCUGAUGAAACUGUUCGUUUCACCUGUAAGGGUAAACCCAUCUACCAUUAUAUGGGUACUUCUACCUUUUCUGAAUACACAGUUGUUGCUGAUGUCUCUGUUGUCAAGGUCGACCCUAAGCCCAGUCUCAAGAAGCUUUGUUUGUUGGGUUGUGGUGUCACUACAGGUUACGGUGCUGCCACCAAGACUGUCAAGAUCCAAGAAGGUGACAAUGUCGCUGUCUUUGGUAUUGGCUGUAUUGGUCUCAGUGUUAUCCAAGGCGCUGUCAACAGCAAGGCUAAGCGUAUCAUUGCUAUCGACAUCAACUCUAACAAGGAAAAACUCGCCCGUGAAUUUGGUGCUACUGAAUUUAUUAACCCCACUCAACUCGAUAAGCCUAUUCAACAACACUUGGUUGAAAUUACCGAUGGUGGUUUAGAAUACACAUUUGAUUGUACGGGUAAUGUUGAUGUGAUGCGUGCUGCUUUAGAAUCUUGCCAUAAGGGUUGGGGUGAAUCUGUUGUGAUUGGUGUAGCUGCUGCUGGUAAGGAGAUCAGCACACGUCCCUUCCAAUUGGUGACAGGCCGUGUCUGGCGUGGAUCUGCUUUUGGUGGUGUAAAGGGUCGCAGUGAAAUGGGCGGUCUUGUUCAGGACUAUUUGGAUGGUAAACUCAAGGUAGAUGAAUUUGUUACACACGAAUUUGAUUUUGAGCAUAUCAAUGAUGCUCUUGAUGUGAUGCAUUCAGGUGAUUGUAUUCGUGCUGUGGUUACUCUUCAAAAAGAAUAAAUCAAGACAAAAGAGGCAAGAUGGA